AUGAAGGCUUUAGCCCGCAGUUACGUCUGGUGGCCCGGUCUGGAUGCAGAUAUCGAGAAGGCGGUGAGUCAAUGUUUAGCGUGCCAACAUACGAGAAAUUCCCCCCCACGAUCGGACGUACAUCACUGGGAGUCUGCCAAGAAACCAUGGUCCCGCCUGCACAUUGAUUUUGCCGGACCUUUCCGAGGGAACACGUUUGUGUUAGUCGUCGACUCUUUUACCAAGUGGCUUGAAGUCUGCCUCGUAAAAUCGACAUCCGCGUCAGCUGCAAUCACCUUCCUUCGGCAACUGUUCGCCACCCAUGGCAUUCCGGAUGAAAUCGUGUCCGACAACGGAACUGCUUUCACGUCCGAGGAGUUUAUGUUGUUUAUAAAAAACAAUCGGAUCCGUCAUAUCCGAUCCGCGCCGUUCCACCCUGCAACCAACGGACGGGCUGAACGAAUGGUUCAAACCACGAAAAGUUACCUGAAGAAACUAGAUCGUCAAACAGAUGUCAACUUAGCGUUAGCUCAUUUCUUGUUUGAUCAGCACACUACGCCCCAUUCCGCUACGAAGCAUUCGCCAGCGGAGUUACUAUUCAAUAGGGAGCUCCAGACAUUCUUUGACAAAUUAAGUCCAGGCGAAAGAUCAUAUGGUAAGAUCGGCGAUGCCCAAACUAAAAAGUCUUUUGUUACAGGCAGCCCUGUUUGGGUCCGAAACUAUGCAAGCGGUCCCAAGUGGCUUGAGGGCCACGUCUCGAAGCGAACGGGACCGAUUUCCUAUUCGGUGUAUCUCGAGGACGACCGAACAGUCAGGCGACAUCUGGAUCAGCUGCGAUUGCGCAGUUCUUCGCAGCAGCCAACACCAGAGCAGACAGCAUCACCAACUUGCUGUUCCACUCCAACCCCAACUGACGCAGUAGCUGGCGGAUCCUCAACUCCAGCUGGGCCACAGCGCUUGCCUGAGCAAGACGGGACUGAAGGACCGCCACGCAGAUCGGCCCGUGACCGUCGUCGGCCCCAGUUCUACGAUCCGUCUGGGUGUUAA